AUGGAGUCGGCCAACGAUCUUUCGAAAUAUUUCGACAAUGGGAUCAUAGACACGGAGCCUGUGACGGCUGAGUCCACUGAGGAACAGCUCCUAGCUACAUUUUCUUGGCCUCAGUCUGCUCUCUUAACGCGAACCUCUCUGCUUCUGGAUUCUCCUCUGAAUGCUCUCUUAGGAGAUAUCAGCUUAGGGGAACAGACUCGAUUUGAUACUGUUAAGAAUGAAUAUCAGCGUGUUCUUUCCCACACUUAUUGCGUCAAGACCUCCAGCUCGGAGGGGAACGAGCGGCAUGCACAAGAAAUUAUGGGAUUGAAGAAUCGUGGCACAGCUCGCCUGGAUGCGGAGUAUCGGCACGGGAUCUCAUUGGCUCGGAAUAGAACUAGUUUCGGAGUUGAAGUCUCGUGCAUCGGAGUCGGAAUAGCAACAUCUCUUACGGCAGUGCCUUUGUCUGGCUGCGUCACACACGGUACAACCUCAGGCAUUGAGUCAUCGUAG